AUGGCUGCUUCAGCGAUAGUCGUCCUUCCGGGCGAUAAAAUACCUCAGGACGCUCUGCCAAAGCCUAUGAACAAGAAGAAGGCACUCACCCUUGGUCCUGGCCUUCGACACAUCCCACCAACUACAAUCGCAACCACAAUUGCGGGCGCUCUGGUUACAGACAACAAGAAAAAUGCUGCGUGGAUCGAGUUCAACAGCGGAAGGUAUCUUCCAACAGCCGGCGACUUGGUAAUAGCAACCAUCAACACCUCCACCGGCGAAAACUUCAACUGCUUUCUCACCCCCAAUACGCCUGCCGCGACACUCCCCCACCUAGCCUUCGAGGGCGCAACCCGCAAGACCCGCCCACAGCUUGUGCCGAACUCGCUGGUCUAUGCCCGAAUCGCAAGCGCCGGCAAAGACUCUUCUCCCGAACUGACCUGCGUCGACCCGUCAACCGGAAAGAGUGAAGGGCUUGGUCCGCUCAAGGGUGGAAUGGUCUUUAAGAUUAGCCUGGGUAUGGCGAGGAGGCUCCUUGCUGGAUCGAAAGGUGGAGUGACAAUAUUGGAGGCUCUAGGUGAAAAAGUUGGAUUCGAAAUCACCGUCGGGAGAAAUGGGAUGCUACAUGUGGACGGUGGCAACGUGAAGACAACGCUAGCGGUCGGAAGAGCGGUUCAAGAAGUUGACGAACAAGCCCUUGGCGCGAAAGGUCAAAAGAAGCUGGCAGAGCGGGUGUUGAAGAGUCUUUGA